AAUAAAAACAACAACAACAGCAACCGGAGGGAGGACAAAAUAGCAUAUUACAAGGAGCAAUAACAAAAAGUUGUCUCGCAACAACAUUUUUGCGUCGAAAACCCCAAAACUUUAAGCAAAAGGUAAAUUUCACCUUUCUUUUACUUCAACAGUGCCCUAAAUGCAUGCAUAAAAAUACGCUCUAAAUUAACUAGGUCGAUUCAAGAAAACAUGGCGCGUGUUUAAUGGCAACACUUGUGAAAAAUGUUCAAGGGAUGGAGCGUGUGACUUGUGAGAGGCAGUCGGCCAAGAAGUGGGUGCUGCUCGUGUAGGAGGAGCUUAAACCUCUGAAUAGAAGGAGGGCAUUGUUUCUUUGCCAAUGGGAACAAAAGGGCAUGUCACGUGAGCGUGCACGCACAUAGGAAGAGAUCGCCAAUCUUGAGCUGGCCCUAAACAAACGUCGCCACCCCCCUUUCUUCCUCCUUCUUCCUAGGAUCUUCCCAAAAGAAAGAAACGAAAAAAAAAGAACAAAAAGAAAAAAAAAGAGAAAAACAUUCAAAAGACAACAGACCGUUUUUACCAGGAAGGAAUCCCGCAUUGAAUCUCUGCGUCGGCGCGGGAUUGACACACCCCCCCUCUCCAUGCCCAUCUUUUUCUCUCCUGUCUAAACCUUCACCUCCCUUCCGACCACCCCCCUCCCUUCCACAUCAACCACUCGUAUAUUUCACAUAAGGUCUCUGCUUGGUCGAUUCCCAGCCGUAGAUCACAUUCAACUGCGACGGUGGCAGCAAUUCUGUCCGUGAUCGUUUUUUGUUUGCCAUUUGCGUGUUUUUCUUGACCCGUGUCACGUGCGUGAAUCCCGAUUGUCUCUUUUAAGAACUUUAAAACGCUCCUACGUUGUUAUAUUCCUCGAGUGAUUGUUAUCGCAAAAGAAUAAAAUUUUAAAAAAUGGCCGCAAUGUGUGUCGAAUCGUCAUCGUCGACAUCUUCGUCACCCGUCGGUGGUCACAUCAGGAAUGUCAACAUCAUGAGCAACCUCAACAAUGAUCACAUCAAAAGGCCUAUGAACGCAUUCAUGGUCUGGUCAAGAGGGCAAAGACGUAAAAUGGCACAAGACAAUCCAAAAAUGCACAACUCGGAGAUUUCCAAGCGACUCGGUGCCGAGUGGAAAAUGCUGACGGAGUUGGAGAAACGGCCCUUCAUCGAUGAAGCCAAACGACUCAGGGCGUUGCACAUGAAAGAACACCCGGACUACAAAUACCGACCACGUCGCAAACCAAAGAGCGGAAUGGCCAGUAGCAGCAAGACCAAAGAAUCGCCUCGCUAUUCCUUUUCAGUGGACACUGGAUCGCAUCACCGCCACCAUCAAAUGUCUCACCAUUUACCGACGCAUUCUCACCAUCACAUGCAAUCAAAUAAUCCGACAAUUCUGCCCAGUUUUAACCGAUCACUCUUCUCUUCAUCGGACCUUGUUGGCGGACCAAUUCCGGCGGCGCAUUCAAGUGCUCCGUCGUCUUCGGCUUCUUCAUCAGGAUCGACAUCGGUCGCGGUGGUUGACAAAACGGCCAACGAGCGGGCAGAAUUCAACUACUCGCGAAUGCUCUUUGCCUCGCAAUUGCCCAGUCUCCAUUUGGGUUUCGCCACUCUCGGCCAUCCAGCGCUACACGCCGCUACAGCCGUCCAGAUUCCGUGGUACCAUUACAGCAUGGACUCGGGUGUUUUCAAUCCGCUAACUCAUCCAGCCUCGGCUGGUCUUCAACAUCGGUCGGCCAACCACCACCAUCAACAACAACAGCAACAUCACCAUCAUCUGGCCAAUUUCGAUUCGCAGCUGGUCGCCCACCACAAAAUGAUGCGCUCAAUUCACGAAUCCGUUUCCAAGAAAUCUCCGACACCAGACGACAGGGUGUCACCAAUGUCCAAUAACAACAGCAGCCGGCCCGUGUCGGCAGCUUCGAGCUACGAUUCGGAAUGUCCCGUCGCAAGAGCUCCCAGUGCAAUUUCUGGCGCAGUUGGAGUUUCGUCGACACCAAUGAGCCUAUCAGCCACAUCAUCGACAGGAGCUAUGCAGGUCCUACAACCUCCACCACCGCCGCCAUCGAUGGCCGCUACCAUGGCGGCGGCCGCUGCGGCGGGUUUCUUUCCUUUUCACUACGGAGCGGCAGCGGCCGCCGCUGCAGCCGCAGCCGCUUCGUCUUACCCUCACCAUCCGGCCACGACUACAACAAGUCCCAUUAGCGGUAGCAGUGCAUCAGCCCAUUUGGGAUGCAGUUGCAGCCCACUGUGCAUUACGAUGAAUCACCACCAUCAUCACCAUCACCAGCAGCAACAACUACACGCCGAGCAGCGAGACGCCGGAUUGAUCAGCACAACUUCACCACUUCCGGCAGCCCGACAACAUCGAUGUUCUUUAUCCACAAUUUUGUAAAACCCCCCGCAAAAGAAAAAAAAAAUCCAAAACGAUAUUUGUUUCUCUUUAAUGUUCUGUAGACAAAGUGUUUGUAGCAAGCGUAACAUUUUGUGAAUUAUUCAGCUAAAUUAAUCAUUGAAUUUGUUUUGUUUGUUUGAUUUUAUUUUAAAUCAACAAAAGUUCGAUUUAAAAAAAAAAAAAAAAGAAAAAAAAACGUAGUUGAGUAUUCUGCGGAUUACCCUGAAAAAAAAAAAAAAAAAAAAAAUGUUUAGCCGGUUCGGCUCGGACUAGUUUGCGCUUUGCGUUUACUGUUCGCUUUUUUCUCUGUCUUGGGCAAUUUCAUGUUUACGCUGUUUUAACCCCUUCUAUAAAUUUUAAACCUGUCUAUAAAAAGGAAGAAAAAAAAAAGAAAAAUUCUCACAGAAUUCCAGCAAAAGAAGAAAAGAAGACGACAAAUAAUAAAAAAAAGAAAAGAAAAGAAAAGAAAAGAGGAGAGAAAGAGACGACUUGUGUCUUGUGUGACUGUUUAAGUGUAUGCAUUCCUAUGCUGUUGGUGCCCAUUGUGUCUGUUUCGGGGCAAUUGGUGAUUUGGUUUGUUAAGUGUUUGAGGGACGAAAAGAGGAGAAUAAAGAAUAAUACAACAACAAAACAACAAUAACAACAACGGCAACGAUAACGCAAACAGCUGUAGUCGAGUCAAUACCAAAUUCAGAGAGUCCUGGUGUGUCUUAAAUAUUGUGAGAUACACACAUGGUAGGGAAGAAAGAAAAAAAGGGAAAGAUGAGAAAAAGGAAUGGGGCCCUUUGGCUCGUGCUCGUCCGGCUUGGCAUCAAGUGUCACUGCGUCCGGGAAUAUGGGCGGGCAAAUGGAGAAGGAAGGAGAGACUGGAGAGACAGGAGAAAAAAAGGACGAUGAGGAGGAAUGAAAAUGGUAAGGGACAACCUGCAGAGUUUAACCGUAGCACAAGACGACCGAGAGAAAAAGAGAGAGAGCGAGAGCAAGAUUCCCGUCAAGACCCAUGGCCCACGCGUUACGGGCUUCAGGUUGUCUGCUGGUUCAACUCAGCAGGUGAUGUGACAAGACCACAGCAGGGCCACUCGUCGUAAUGAUAGACAAGUGAACUGACAGCCCUCUCUCGACGGUCCACUAACAAGAAGGGAAAAAAGGAAAUUCAACGAAAAAAAAAUUCCAUACAAGAAUGAAACACAGAACCCCCCAUCUCAUUCUUUCUUUCUUCUCCUUUGGUCUAUUUUUCACUGAAUAGACACCGAGUGUAAUCCACACACAAAAAAAGGAAAACAUUUAUAAUUGACUCUACUAUGCAUCAUAGCAUUCCACAAGCGUCGACUCUCUUUUUCCUUUUCUGUUCUGUCUCUCUCCUCCUCGUCUCGUUUUUAUUUCCAAUUUUAUUUAGCGUUCAGUUUGGAAUUUCCCAAUCUUUCUGACCUUCCACUGGCGAUUGAAACGUCCAAAUAGUCGUAAAAAACACUAAAAAACGCACAAAACCCUAACCAACAACAAAAAGGCCUUUUUUCUCCCAUUUUUAGCUACGUCUCUCCCGUUUCCCUCAUUCGCAACCGCAGCAGGGGGGACUAUCGCUUCAAGAAAAACCAAACACUGAAAAAAAGACAAUGUCAUCAUAUUCACCCCUUGUGUUUGGCCAAUGGCCAUACGGUACACACAACAACAAUCUUCGUCGGCUUCGUGUCUCCAAGACUAGACCAAAGGGAGAUUGUUCACGGGCUGCACUUAUUAUUAUUAUUAUGAUUAUGAUUAUGACAAUUGGAUUAUGUAACGUCAUA